GAGACUUAUGUUAGUACUCUAAUCAUGGUCUGGUUUAAAGCGUUAAAAUCAUUUUUCUUUAAAAAAAAAUUUGACUUCAAGUCGCCGUCCAUCAAUCUAUACGAUUUUCAUCCUCAAAUAAGAAUUUUUCUAAUGUUAAACGGCAUUUUUUUUAAUAACACUGACUCCAAGCUCAGAUUUUUUUGGCCUAUUAUUACACUAGGUUGGUCCAUAGUAGGUAUAUCAUUUGAGUUGAUGUUUAUUUAUCACGGAGUAACCGUAGCAGAUUACUCAUUUGCAACAGAAUGCUUCUGUUACUUUCUAAUACUUGGCACUGUACCUCUUGUUUUAAUGAGCAUAUUAUUUAACAGAACUAAAAUUUUGAUUAUCUUAGAGUUAAUGAACAAAGAUUUUUUGUACGUUUCAUCAUUGGGGCUGAAAUACAGGGAUAUUUUUUUAAAUGGGCAACUUUUAAUAUGGCAGCUUUGUGUUUUGUGGUUUUGUUUCGCUUCUUACCUCAUAAUGAUGUACUUUUUAUCACCCAUAUCAGUGCUCAUUUACCAAAGUCUAUUCGCUACUCAAGACGAAAAUACAGUGAGGCCACUACUUUUUCCAUUUUGGUUGCCAAAAGACGACCCAUAUAAGUCACCGAAUUAUGAAAUCUUUUUGCUUAUGGAAGUAUUAAUUGCUUGUUUGCUAAUUCAAACGUUUUGCGUUUUGGUGUACAUGAUUUUUCACGUGUUGUUGCACUGCUUCUAUAUGCUGAGUAUUAUUAUCUUGGACUGCGAAGCUCUCUUUGGAGGUCUUGAUGAAAGUGUUGUAAAACUGGAUAGGUACAAUGUUCGCAGGUUGGAGGUCCAACAUAUUCUUAAUAACAGAGUAAAAAGAAUUGUCAAUUGGCAUGUUUUGAUAUUUCAAUAUAUACAAUCAGUUUCAUCAGUUUUUGGUCCUGUUCUGGUUUAUCAAGUGUCUCUUAGUUCUGUAGCUAUCUGUCUAGCGGCGUAUCAAGUAGCCCAUAACCUGGACGAAGGUAAAUUUAAUAUUAUUUUCGUGACAUUAUUGACUGCAACCUGUCUGCAGCUAUGGAUACCGUGUUAUCUUGGGACACUCAUAAGAAAUAAAGCUUUCACCGUGGCUGAUGCAAUUUGGGAGAGUGGUUGGAACGAAACGCCUCUUUCGUUACUAAUUAGAACAGAUAUGAUGAUAAUUAUUUUACGCAGUCAUAAUCCUAUAACUAUAAAAUUUACGGCACUGCCAAAUCUGGAACUAGAGACGUUUUCGUCUAUUAUGGGUACUUCAUAUUCUUACUUCAAUAUUUUACGUCAGUAUAAAUAGUUUUGAUGACCGUCAUUCAACAAUUACUUGAAUUGUAUGAUAAAAUACAUAAAUAAACUUACGUUUUA